AUGGAUCAGGUUCUAUUCAACACAUUUAUCGAACAGGUCGCACUAACACAUAGAGCUAAUAAUGGUUUCAAGCAGGAGGCUUACCAGAUUGCUGCUGAAGAAGUUACGAAGCAUACUGAUGUGGUUGUCAAGUGGCAAAACGUGUCAAAUCGGUUGAGAUAUUACAUGAGAGAGUAUAAUGCUAUGAAGGACAUGCUGACAACGAGUGGGUUUGGUUGGGACAAUGAGAGAAUGGUGGUCACAGCUCCUGAUGAAUGUUAUUCAUUUGGCAGUCUCACCCACGUUGAAAGACUCCGCGGGAAACACAUCGAAAGAAUGAAUGACCUUGCAGUCAUAUGCGGAUCCAACCAUGGCACGGGACGCUACGUGCAAGGCAGUAGGAGUAUGGCCGCAUUAGCAUCAUCUUCUCGUCUUCAGCGAGACCUUAUGAAGCAUGGAGAGAGGUUGAGGAUGAUAUAG